GGUACCAGAAGAAGUGGCCAGUUGAGCCGGUUUGUUUCACCGUUGAACACGUCCAUGAACUCUUCUCUCAUAAGUGCAAAGUAUUCUUUUUAAUUUUUUUUUUUUUUAUUUUGUUGUUUAAGAGAAAUUUUCCUUUUCAACGCCAUGUACAAUAAAAAUAGUUUUGGUUGGCUGACUUUGGCUUUCAUUAUAAUUUGUUUUAUGAAAAAUAUAAAUGUCAAUGGUGCUCAAAAAUUUACCAGAAAUGUUUCGUCGACAAAUGAUGAAAUUGAUGAUUUUAUCCCGUAUCAAGGGGAAAGAUUCAAUGUUUUUGACUGGCAUCUCUUUAAAAUAAUAUCAAAGAAAACUCCUGGAAAUAUGUUGAUUUCUCCGAUAUCAACAAAAUUGGCACUGAUUUAUUUAUACGAGGGUGCUCAAGGUAAAACUGCACAAGAAUUGGCUACUGGUUUGCAUUUACCUAUAAACCGAGCUGUCACGAGAGAUAAAUUCACAUCAAUUUUACAAUCACUUCAGACCAAGAAUCCUGAUUAUACACUGAAUGUUGGAACCCGCAUUUACAUUGAUUCCGCAGUACAACUUCGACAGAGAUACGCGGCAAUCGUAAAAAUGUUUUAUGCUACAGAUGUUUUAAGUGCCAAUUUAUCCAACACACAUGCCGUUGCUGAUAGUAUAAACAAUUGGGUGAACAAUGUCACUGAAAAUAAUAUCCAAAAAAUUAUUGAAGACGAAAACAGUUUGAGAGGAUCAGUUAUGGUUGUUGUGAAUGCAUUAUUUUUCAAAGGAACAUGGGAUCGACAUCCAUUUUCGCCAAAAGCAACAAGAAUGGGAAAAUUCUUUCCAACUGAAACAUAUUCCGUUGAUGUACCAAUGAUGCAUUCAUAUGCUCGAUUUUAUUACUCUUCAUCAUCAGAAUCAGAAUUAGAUGCUAAAAUACUUCGUAUUCCUUAUUCAGGUCAAAAAUAUGCCAUGUAUUUUAUUCUACCUCGAAAAACAAAUUCAUUGGAUACAUUGGUUGAAAAAUUGAAUUCUCAGGCUUUUAGCAAACAAACUUGGUUAAUGCAGGAUAUGUCAAUGGCAGUGGUCAUUCCAAAGUUUAAAUUUGAUUUUACAAGUCAUUUAGAAUCAACUCUUAAAGAGAUGGGUAUUCAAGAUAUUUUUGAAGAUUCAGCAACUUUGACUGGAAUACUUCGUACAAGUUCCGCUUCCCCUCAACUUUCUGUUUCCGAAAUUGUUCAAAAAUCUGGAAUCGAAGUGAAUGAGAAAGGAACUGCAGCUUAUGUUGCUACAGAAAUUCAAAUUUCCAAUAAAAUCGGCGAAGAAACAUUCAUUGCAAAUCGGCCAUUCGUUUUUUAUAUUGAAGACGAAACAUCCGGUACAAUUUUAUACAUGGGAAAGGUGGUGAAUCCUCUGGAGGAAAUUGGCAAUUUAAAUACAAACUUCCCGUCAAAGGUUAAUGAAGAAACAAAGCAACCAACUGUAUCAACGCAACCUCCAGGAGUUGAAGAACGGCACAAUAUUUUCAACAUAGAAUUGCUUCAGGAAUUAUGUGAUCAUUCUGAGGGAAAUUUGGUAUUGGCACCGGCAGGUGUAAAGGCAGCACUUAUGACAAUUGCAGAAGGAAGUGGAGGGCUAACUCGUCAACAACUUUUGUCUACUUUACGAUUACCAGUUGAUGAUUAUGGUAUCAAAGAAGCUGUGAAACGUACACUCAGUCCUUUUACAACAAUGCAAAAAAGUGGAAUAAAUAAUACUGAAAUAACAAUGGCCACGGCAAUUUGGACGGCAAAUGAUGUCAUUAUGUCUGAUGAAUAUAAGGAAAAUUUAGUGAAAAAUUAUAACAGUCAAGUGUUUUCUCUCGAUUUUAAGGAUACUGUGAAUUCAGCUCAAAAUAUUAAUAAUUGGGUCAAAUUGUCAACGAAAAAUCAAAUAACAUCAAUAGUUGAAUCAGGCAAUUUAAAUUCCGCGAGUCAAUUAUUAAUAACGAAUGCAAUUUACUUCAAAGGAGCAUGGCUUCAUGCAUUCGAUAAAAAACAAACACGACCGCGAUGUUUUCAAACAUUCAAAAAUGGUUGUCAAGAAGUUCACAUGAUGGAGAGUAUUGGAAAAUAUCGUUACGGUUUUCUUCCAUCAUUAGACGCAGAAGUCAUUGAAGUUCCUUACACGGGUGGAAAGAUUUCAAUGCUUCUUUUGCUACCCGCUAGACAAGGAGAACAUGCUCUACAAAUUCUUUCGAAAGAUCUCUCUUAUAUUUCAAUUACAACUUUAUUCAAAAAUUUACUCGAUACUGAAAUUUUACUUCAACUUCCAAGAUUUAGCAUUGAGAAUAAAUUAGAUUUACGUUCAGCUCUUGAACAUCUCGGUAUCAAAGAUUUAUUUGAUACCAAAGCGAAUUUAUCUAGAAUAAUUACGAAAAAAGCAACUCAAGUUAAUAGUGUACUUCACAAUGCAAAAAUUGAAGUAAAUGAAAGUGGAACCAUUGCUGCUGCAGCGACAGCAAUUUCAGUUGUGCCAUUGAUGACUCCCUCAUUGCAAGCAUUUAGAGCAAAUCGUCCAUUUUUAUUUAGCUUAGUGGACAUUGAAUCAAAUAAUAUACUUUUUGCAGGACGAGUUGUUUUACCUGCACCUGCAGCAGGUUGAAAUUUUUUUCUUUUUUAUUUAAAAUAUAUAGAUAUACGUAUAUUAUAAAAUAUUUUUUUCUCAUUUUUUUUAUGACAUAUAUAAAUGUACAGUAAAUGUUUCUAUAUCAUUCAAAAGUGAUUCAAGAAAAUAAAACAAAAAAUAAAUUUUUUUUUUCUACUUUUAAAACAAUAAACACAAUAAAUUUAUCAACUAUAAA